AUGCAUUUUUCUAAGUUGAUGUUUGCCGUUUUGACCGCUGGUGCCACCCUGAGUCUGGCUGUACCAACUGAAAACAACCAAGCAGCCGCUCAGGGGAAAUGCCCCUAUGGAUGGAAAUACUGCGGUUGUACAGGAAAAGGUGGUGGUGAUGGCGUUUUAUGUGGAACCAAAUCUGAGGCUGGCUGGGGCGACAGCGGGGGAUUCGAAUGCCCUGUCAAGGCCAAGUGA